GUGCGGCCCCGAGCCGAGAUGCCCGGACUCACAAGAGAUAAGCCACCACCGCCGCUAGCCGGAGCCAAAUGGCGCUGCUAUCGCCACCUUCUCAUCCUCCCUUGCUCGCGCCAGUCCGCCACCGCCUCGCCUCUCCACCUCUCCUCGCUGUUCCGGCUGCACCUAGCUCUCUCCUUUCUCUCCCCCACUACCACUACAGCCUCCUCCUCCCCUCCGCCGCCAGCGCUUUGCCGUUCCGCCGGCACCGCCGCCGUGGCAUAGUCGCGUCCCUUGGGCAGGAGGAGCCUGGAAUUUCAGAAGCUACCAUCACCUCCGAGGGAGAGGGUGUCUCCGUGCCCCCGAUUUCCUUCGAUGCAGAGGCAGGCGCGGCAGUGGCUUCCGCAGAGCCGGCGGAGGCGAGCCCCGAGGACUUGGAGGACAUCCGCGAGGUCAAAAGGGUGCUGGAGCUUCUUCAGAAGAACAGGGACAUGACCUUCGGUGAGGUUAAGUUAACUAUCAUGAUUGAGGACCCUAGAGAUGUAGAAAGGAAGAGAUUGCUAGGCAUAGAGGAUCCUGAUGAGCUUACGAGGGAUGAUUUAGCUGAUGCUUUGGUUGAGGUUAAUGAAGGACGGAUUCCAGAGAACCGAGAUGCUCUUAGGUUGCUCGCCAAGGAGAUGGCAGAAUGGCCUGACGUUGAGAUAGAAGCUCCAAAAAGCAAGGGCAUGUUUGGGAAAUCUAUCUAUGCAAAGGCCACAGAUACUGGCAUUGAUCCUGUGGCAGCUGCUAAAAGACUUAACAUCGACUGGGAUUCUGCUGCUGAUAUAGAUGACGAAGCGGACGAUGAUGAUGAAGCUGAAGUCCCUUCAGUAGUGGGAUACGGUGCUCUGUAUUUGUUAUCAGCCUUUCCUGUCAUCAUUGGAGUCUCAGUUGUGCUGAUUCUUUUCUACAAUUCCCUACAGUAGGGAAACCUUGUCACUUUUACUUGCUGAGACAGAUGCUGCCUUUUGUUGUAAAUCAGAGUUAUUAGGCCAGUUAAUCAGUACUCUAUUUUUCCUCAUAGUAAAAUAGUUUCGGCAAUGAUAUGAUAGCAUUGUAAAGAUGUGAGGUCAGUACACUACAAGAAAUAAAAUGUCUUGUGACAUAGGCUUUUUCCUAGGGAAAAUGGGAAAUCGAAA